AUGAGUUGCAUGUACUAUGCCUCACGUUUGUCAAAAAACGAGAACAAAGGACCAUUAGGCGAAAAGGAAUAUUUUGAAGACGAAGAAGAAGAAAAAGAAAAGAUAAAAGUAUUAAUCGAGAAAAUACGAACAAGUGAAUACAUUGUUGUACAUUCCGGAGCUGGUAUAUCUACUAGUUCUGGACUGCAAGAUUUUCGAGGUCCUACUGGAAUAUGGACAAAUGAGUAUCACAAUAAUAAUAAAAAUAAGAAGAAACAUAAUAAGAAAAAAAAAACAAAAAAAGAAGAAGAACACGAAACUGUACAAAAUUGCGAAGAUAAUGAAAACAUCAUAAAACAUCCCCAAAUAAAGUAUGAUAAUUCAAAUGACUCAUCCAAUCAGGUUUCUAUAAAUAAAAAAGAACCUCAUUUUCAUAGAAUUAAAGAGGAAAGAAAUGAAAGCAAUCAUAAUAAUAUCCAUCAAAAUCGUAUCAAAACCGAUGAAAUCAAUAUAGAUAAUAUAUACGAAAGUUCAAAUAAUAGUCUUUUGGAAACACAAAGAAAUUGUGAAAAAAAAGAAAACGAAAAUCGUGAUAACUCAAAUCCUAUACAAGUCGCAUUAAUAGAUCAAUGUGCAACUGAAAAUACUGAAAAUUGUCAAAGUUCUGAUGAAAAUUAUGUAAAGUUUGGAAAUAGAAAAAAAAAAGUUGUAGAGCUUCAUUUAGCUUUACCAACCAAAACACAUAUUAUGAUAAAAGAAUUAAUGAAUAAAAAUAUUAUAAAAUUUUUAAUUACUCAAAAUAUAGAUUCUUUACAUUAUAGAUGUGGUACAAAAUUUUCUCAAAUAUCGGAAAUACAUGGAAAUAUAUUUAUAGAAAGAUGCGAUUUUUGUGGUAGGAGAUAUUUAAGAGAUUAUGUUAUAUCAACAAUAAGUUUUAAACCUACUGGGUCUUUAUGUUUUUUAUGUUCAUUCCCUCCAAUAGGGAUUUGUACCGAUGUUUUAUUAGAUUGGAAUAAUGCUUAUGAAGAUUUUUUUCAUUUGAACUCUAUUAAACAUUCUCAAAAAGCGGAUUUUCAUUUUUGUUUGGGUUCUAGUUUUUAUAUUGUACCAGCUAGUUAUUAUCCAUCAAAAAAAAAAUUUGCAAAUAAAAAUUCAUAUAGUUGCUUAAUUAAUUAUCAAAAAUCGUCUCUAUUCAAAGAACUAGAUUUAAAUAUACAUUCAAAUGUUAACAACAUAUCAGAUAUAAUUAUUAAGGAGUUCUCUUUAGACCCUCUUGCUAUAAGAAGUGCUUUGAUGAUUGUUAUUAGAUGUCAAUUAAUAAACUUUGAUUUAUUAUGUGAUCAAAUGGUUAAAGUUAAUAAUAUAGACAAAAAUAUACACAAUGUACUAGACACAGAAAACGAGCACACUGAUUAUAAUCGACAUAGCUUUAAAACUUACACGAUUAAGAAAGAAGAAAUUGAUAAAAAUGAGCAUACUUAUAUAUGCAAAAAUGAAACGGACAAUCAAAAUAAUUAUAUAAACUGUUCAAAUAAUGCAAAUGAUAAUAAUUAUAACAUGGAUAGUAAUAAAUUUGUAUCUGAUAAUGUUAUUUCGAUCAACGAUGAUAUAAACCAAAAUAAUGGAGCAUCUCCUUUUUUGGAUAAAGGAGAAGGAAGAGAUGAACAAAAAAUUGAGAAUACAAAUAAAAAUCAAUUAUUUUUAAUAAAGUGUUCAAUGAUUAAAAAUAUAAAAACAGGAAAAUUAAAUAGUUUACACAAAAUUACAAUAAAUGAAAUAGAUAAAGAUAAAGGAAUAUGGUUAAUACGUACAAAUUUUUCAUGUAUAUUAGAAGUAGAGUUAUGGUAUAAUUCUUAUAUUUUAUUAAAACUCUUUUAUAAUGAUAAAACACCAUUUAUCGAAUUGAAUACAUGGGCUAUUGAUGUUGCAUACACAUAUGGUGAUGAUAUUGACGAUUCUUAUUUUAGUAAUAAUAAAGGAAAUUUUAAACAAUUUAGCCUAAAUAAAAAUAAGUAUAUGUCUAAUCAUGAAGAAGAAAUAAAAAGAGGUGAUAGUAAUAUAACUCCCACUAUUAUUAAUGAGGAAAAUGAUAGAAUGAAGACUUUCGAAAUAUAUGAUGAAGACAAAUUGAAAUCUUUUAAAGUUUCCGAAAUAUUAAAUGAGCAUGUUCAUGUUGGAUUCAAUCCUAGAAAUGUAAAACCUAAAAAUAAAGUUCAAUUGUUAGCAAUUUUGAGUAAUAAUUUUGAUAUGAAUAAAUAUGAUAAUUAUCUUUCCUUUGAGUUAUCCAAUUCUAUCAAUUUAUUAUAUAAUUUAUUUUGUAUAAUAAAUAAAUAUAAUGAAGAAAACAAUUUUAUUAUAAAAAAAAAACAUAAUGAUAAUGAAAAAACAAUACAAUUUAUUAAAAAUCUACAUUUAUCAAAAAAUAUAUAUUUAUAUACUAAUGAUUUUUUAAAUUUAUUUAAUAAUAAUGAUAAAACAAUUAGUCGUUCUACUUACACAUUUCGAGAACGGAAAAAAAGAAAUUUGGAAGAUUUUAAUGUAUAUUCAUCCGAUGAGAAUAAAGAAAAUACAUCAAACUUUAUCUUUUAUGAUUUAUAUAUGAAUGAAGAUAUAAGUUUGUAUAAAAUACAACUUAACAAAACUUUGAUUAAAAAAGAAAUGAUUAGCAACUUAUGCCAUCAUCAAAAUAUAUCAAAUUGUGAUCAAAGUUUACUCAAAAGGGAAAAUGUUCAACAAAUUUCUUCAAAAAAUAAAGAUAAUAAUAUAAAUAACACAGUUUUAACUGAAGAUCACCAUUUUGGUAUAAAUAAAGAAGCACCUAUAGACAUAAGUACAAAUGAAACGAAAGAAACUAUAUCAAACAGUGAAAAAUGUGAUAUUUCAAAUAAAAAUUUGUUAAAAAAUGAAUUACCUUUUGCAAAUCAUACAAACAAUGAAAAUUGUACUAUCACAAACCCUCAAUCAAAUAAUGGUGACGUAAUGUUUAAUUCUAAUACAUCAAAUAUAGUAGAAACUUUAAAUUGCAAUUUUAAAGAUGCAUCAAACAACCAGGCUAGUAAUAUAAAUAUAAUAAUACCUAAUUGUGAAGAAAGUGAUAAAAAAAAUAAUCAUAACAAAAAAGGUAAUGAAAUUCAAAUUGAAAAUACUUCGAUUACGGAAAAUAAUAUAGAUGAUAAAAAUGGUGGUGAACAUUAUUCACAAUUAUUAUUUUACCCCCGUUUGCUAAUAAAUAAUAAAUAUAAACAUGGGGAACUAGUGCAUAAAAUUCCAAAGUAUAUUAAGCCACAAAAAAUAUAUACUCCAUAUAAGAAACUUUCAAGAAAUAAAAAAUAUUCCAACACGCUUCAAAAAUAUAGAAGUGAAAUAUGGGAAAGUAGUUAUCAUGAAUUUAUAAAUAAUAUAGAUAAGGAACAUAUUGUUGACUCUAUUUUGUAUAAAGAGUUGCGUUAUUUCCCUUUUUGGCUUUUAAAUUACACCAACGAUUUAUUUGAAUGUGUGUAA